CAAGUCACACCAUUCUCUCUCUCUCUCUAAAGAGAGAGCUGGAUAUUCAAUACCCCACACUCUCUCCGUUUCACUUUCUCUCUCUAAACAUUCCUUUCUAGUUUUAAACAAAAUUCUCCUUAUUCCAUGCAUUCUCAACAUUGACCUAUACAUAUACACACACAUAUAUAGAUAUUAAUAAUGAAUUUGACGGAAAUUGUGUGAAAUCAGAAGAAGAAAUGCCGAUAGAUAGAUACUCGAUAAGGAAUGUGUAUAGUUUAGCUGAUCCAGAGCUUUACAAAGCUUCUGAUAGAGAUGAUCCUGAAGCUUUGCUUGAAGGUGUUGCCAUGGCCGGUCUCGUUGGCCUUCUUCGCCAGCUCGGUGACCUUGCUGAGUUUGCUGCUGAAAUUUUCCAUCAAUUGCAUGAAGAAGCGAUGGCAACUGCGGCUAGGGGCCAUGGUCUACUGGUACGCGUUCAGCAGCUUGAAUCGGAAAUCCCUUCUAUUGAAAAGGCAUAUCUGUCUCAAACUUCCCAUUCAGCAUUUUUUCCCAAUUCAGGUAUUGAUUGGCAUCCUACCCGGCAUACAACACAGAAUCUUAUCACUACGGGAGAUUUACCUCGAUUUGUCAUGGGUUCUUAUGAAGAAUGUCGUGGUCCACCUCGAUUAUUUCUUCUAGACAAGUUUGAUGUUGCUGGUGCGGGGGCAUGCUUAAAACGCUACACUGACCCAUCAGUUUUUAAAGUGGAAGCAUCAUGCUAUGAAAUUGAAACUGCUGAUACCCAAAGGGAUAAAAGAAGCCGCAAGAACAAGAAGGGAUCAAAUUGGAAUGCGGGAGAGACUCCAGAUGUUUCACAGCCUUCACAUGUCAAACUCCAUCAAUUGUUCCUGGAGGAACGAGUGCAGACUGGUGCACUUGAACCUGCACGUCGUGUAAAACUGAAGAAAAGACUAAACAGUUCUCCAUUUGACUCAGGAAGUGGAGAAAGUUACAUGAACAAGGUAAUAAGUUCUUCAUUAGACCUUGAAAGUGGAGAAAGUUACGUGAAGAAGCUGUUCAGGUCUUCAUUAGAGGAUCAAGAUGUCCCUGAAGGUGUUCUUCGCCCCUUACCUUUAACUUUGACCUUUGAUACCUCUAUGGAAUCAAGGCUUGAAAUACCUGAUGAUAAUAUCAUGGGCUCAAUGUUAGGGUCACCAAUGCAAAGUAAAAGUCCAUGUGUAUCCUCAAGCUUAGAGAAGACUGCCUAUGAGGGUUCCACAGAUCAUCGUCUGAAAACUGGAAUUCAUGAAGAGGUAGAUGAGAAGCAAAUAGCAGUUGAUGAGGAAAUUAAAACAGAUGGUUUUCAGAAUGGUCACGCAUCUGAUGAUAUAGCAAGUGAGACAGAAAGCUACAUGGACGCUAUUGCUACAAUGGAUUCAGAACGUGAUUUAAACAUAAAUGACGGAACGUAUUCUGAUGCUAACAAAGAUCAACUUCAAUCUCAAUGGUCAGCUUCUCAAUCUAUAGAGAGCUUGACAGCAUCUGAUGAGGGAAAUAGCUCUAUCACAAAGAACAUAACUAUGUCUGCGGAUUCUGAUACAGCAAGUAUUUCAACUGGGAAUACCUCUCCAGUUGGUGCAGAUUUGUCGCCUCGGCCGUUUGCAUGUAUCGAAAUUCCUUUUCGUCCACGAGUUCCACCCAUUGCUGAAAACAUUCUGAUGAUCGAACAUCUGGAAAAUGAUGUUACAAGCGAUACAUGCAUUGAUGUCAGAAAGCCAGCCAUUAGCUCAGAGGCUGCUUCAGCUCCGCAUGUUGAUCAAUUAGCUAUGUUGGAGGAAGGUACUUCAAACAAAACAGAUUUAAAUGAAGUAUCCUUAAACGAUAUUGAAAUUCUUGAUAGUCCUAAAAGAAGUGAAGUCCAUCAAGGAGAUCUGGAAGUUGCUGCUGUACACUCAGACUUUCUUCCAACAGCUGUUGAUGAUCUAUCUUCUUUCUCAUUUGUCAAAAAUCUCAAGGGUGAUGUAGACGAUAAAUACCCUAAUGACACUUCGAUCCCCAUGAUAUCUCUUCCCAACAUUUUUGACUCGAAUGAAGUCCAAUAUGCAGAGGGGUAUCGUGGCAAAGAUUCUGUUGACAGUUUAUGUAGUUCGCCUCACUCAGAUACUUCACAUGUGGACACUGUGGAGGAGCAGCCUAGUGACAUUCAUGAUUCAAAGGUAGACCAUAGUGACAGUACUUUCUGUGAUGAUGUUCCUGUCGCAGAAGAGACUCCAGAUAGAUCUGGCAUACAUUUGUUACCUGAACAUCGUUUGAAAGAAGUAGGUGAUGGGGAAUCACGUAUGUAUGAUUCAGUAGAAGCCGCAGUUGCAUAUUCUAGCGAAAAUGAAAGAGAAUCAAAUAACUUGGAACUUGAAGUUGGAACUUGUGCUGUCUCUGAUCUUGCUGCCAAAGAAGAAGCAGAAUUACAGGAGAGGGAAAUAGAAUCAGGGAAUACUGUCCCUGACCCUGAUAAUGUUGAUAGAAAUGAUGGUAAGGAUCUUGGAGAUGAUACAGAAUUGGAGGGAAGAGACGUAGACAUUGUUCACUUGGAUAUGCGAGCAAGUGUUCCAUUUUCCUCCCCAAUUGAUGUUGAUAAGCAUAAGGAUAGUGGUUGUUCUAGUCUCGAGGAUUGCUCAGUUAUCAAUCACUUAUGUAUCCUGCAAGAUUCCAAGGAAUCUGGUGAACAUGUGGAAGUAGAUCAGCUUUGGGUUAUCUCUACUGAUCUAGAAAGUGAUGUUGAUAGCACAUCUUUGAAUUCAAAAAUAUCACAGGAUCAUAGAAAUCAAGAAGCUGUUUUACAUGAUUUGGUCUCUCAACCUGUCGACGUUGCUUGUGAUCUUUCAAAUGUACUAAUGCUUGAUGGUACUCCUGACUCAACUGUCUCCACAGAAGUUGUCCAUAACGUAGAUUCUAAAUCUUAUGAAGAGAAGAUAGACCAACCCAAUGAUCAGAUUGACAGAUUUGGACUUGCACGGUCAUCUCCUGACUUAACUGUCUCCACAGAAGUCGUCCUUAACAUAGAUUCUCUACCUCUUGAAAAUAAGAUUGACCAACCCAAGAUUGAUAUACUUGAAGCUGCAGAGUCAUCUCCUGGGGAAAAUGAGGUUGACCAAUCCAGUGGUCAAGUUUCUGCCAGAGUAGUUUUUCUAUCUUUUGAUAAUAAGAUUGACCAACCCAAUGAUCAGAUUGACAUGCUUGAAGCUGCUCAGUCACCUCCUGGGGAAGAUAAGGUUGACCGAUCCAGUGGUCAACUUUCUGCCAGAGUAGAUUCUCUAUUUCUGGAAAAUAUGAUUGACCAACCCAAUGAUCAGAUUGACAUAUUUGAAGCUGCAAAGUCAUCUUCUGGGGAAGAUAAGGUUGACCAAUCCAGUGGUCAACUUUCUGCCAGAGACUCUCAGGUGUUAUCCCAGCUGGAAUUUUUGACUCACGUAGAUCAUGAAAUACUCUAUGAUACUCGUUCUAAACCAUAUCAAGUGAACCUUACAUGCCAAAGUGUAGCACAGGAGGAAGAUCAAGGGAAACCUGUUCAAAUACAAGGCUUGCAAUCCUCUCCUGAAUCUUAUCCAGCUCCUGUUUCUGAGAACCCACCUACAACAGAGUUGCUGCAAGGGGACACUCCUUAUGUUGACCUAUCUGAUCAAGUCAAACAUCAAUCAGCUCCAGUGUUAUCUGGUUUAGCCAUACUUCCCCAGCUAGAUUCGGUCAAACAAGAAAAUAUGCCACCAUUGCCUCCUCUUCCGCCUAUGCAAUGGAGAAUGAGACUGCCCCCAACAGAUGGCGGUCAACGUAGAGAUGAUCACUUCCCACCAACUUUUUCAUUUACACCCAGUGAACAUCCACAAGUGGUUGAUCGUUCAACAUUAGAUGAAAUGAUAAACCUGAAUACAGUAAAUCAGAAAUCUCAACAUAGCAUGGGAGGUGUCAAUCAAAUGUUAUCACCCGAGUCUAGCUUACACACAGAAGAUGAAAAGUUAUCUGUAUCAUCAGAAGCAAAAGUAACACAAACAGAAGUUAAAACGGCGCAUGCUUCUUGCAUUCUAAAUAUUUCCGACCAAGAAGUGUUUGAGCCACAGUCGAAACCUUAUUCACUUCCUCCUGUCGUUAACAUAUCUGAUAACUCCCCACCAGUUUUUGCAUCGAUGUGCAACGAAGAUCCCCACAUGGUUGGUCACUCAAGAGAAGAUGAGACAAAAUAUCUGAAUACAGAAAAUUCAAAACCUGUCAGUCAAAUGUCAUUAUCUGAUUCCAGGAUACACACAAAAGAUCAUGAUAAACAAUUUGUAUUAUCAGAAGAAAAAUUUGCUGAAAACUUGGUGCCAGAAGCAGCAGCGCAAACAACUUCUGUCCAGGAAAAUCUUCGGCCAUCAACAAAUGCUUAUUCGUUUCCUCUCGAUGUUGAUGAAAUGGCAAAUAAUAUUCAGCCUAUGAAAAUACAGCAACCUCGUAGUCCUCUCAUUGAUGCAGUUGCUGCUCAUGACAAAACCAAACUGAGGAAGGUCUUAGAUCGUACCACAACUCAAUCACCAAUAGAAGAGGAACAUGACACGAUACUGGAUCAGAUACGGGCAAAGGCCUUUAAGUUGAAACCAGCAAUCCAGACUAGGCCAGCAAGUAUUCAGGGUCCUAUGACCAAUUUGAGAGUAGCUGCUAUUUUAGAGAAAGCAAAUGCGAUCCGCCAGGCAUUUGCUGGAAGCGACGAUGACAGUGAUAGCUGGAGUGACUAAUGAAAAGGAAACAUUAAUCAAGACUCUCAGGUCUUCAUAUAAUCAUACCAUUGUAGUUAAUCCCAUCAUUCUUUUACAAAUCCCCAAGAUAUCGAAUAUUGUUGAUGGGGGUUUGUGGCAAUCCACAUCAUUUCUUCUGAUCUGCCACUUCACUCUCUGUUUGGUACAACGUUUUUCUUGUCUUGUUGAUUCAAGCGGAUACAAUUCUCAAUCAUAUACAUGUACAAAAGAUAAAAUGAGUGAGUUUAGUGAGUAAGAAUGAUUCUGAUUCUUUUAGCUGUAUAUGGGCGUUUAGGGUAAAUUCAAUAUGUGAUGCACAUUUGUGCUGGAGGAGUUCUCGAUUUGAUGAUAGUCUUUGUAUGCAAAUAUAACAAUCUUUUUUCAAUCCAAAAUGUAUUGUGGAUAUGGUAUAUGUAGCGUGUUUAUACUUUGUUUA